AUGAGGUACAGGGUCAGCACCGUGGUGGACGAGACGACAAAGAAGAGCCUGGCCGGGAAGAAGAGCGGAAGCAGCGCCGGCGUCGCCGUCGUGGCGCCAGCACAAGACGCGGCGACCACGGCCUACCUCCGGGCCUUUCAGGCGGCCGUCGCCGACAAAGUGCGGGACCUCUGCGAGGUGCAGGACGCCCGCGAGUCCCGGGAGGAGGACGAGCUCGUCGGGGAGAUCUUCCAGUUCAGCCACGACCUCAGGGCCGCGAGGAGCAGGCUCUACGCCACGCGCGCGCGCGUCGCGCGCCUGUCGGCGGACACCUGCAGGGACGCCCUGCGCGUCUCCGAGGCGGCCGACGACCGCGCCUGCGCCGUCCUGGAGGCCAGCACCGCGCACGCGCGCAGGGAGAGCGAGACGGGUGGGCCUCUGCCGCUCCGGAUCGACGAUGCCGCCAGCAACGGCGGUGGCGGCAGCGAUGACGACUAUCUCGAGAACGGCGGCGGCGGCGGCAGGGGGGGUGGUAUCUUCCAGGGCCUGGAGACAGGGGUCGUGGAGCCCAAGGUCUCGGCCCUUAUCGGGAAGAUGGCGGAGCUGCCCGGGCCGCUCAAGUCCGUCCUGCAGGAGAUCCCCGAGCUGACGGCCUCGCUCGCCGUGUCGGUCCAGGAGGCGGAGGCCGCCAUCAAGGCAGGGCAGAGCAGAACGGAGGCGCUGCUGGGCAAGGCGCCGCCGACGCCGCUGUCGAGCAAGAAGGGGAAGGGGGCGGCGGGGGCAGCGGGGGCCGCGGGAGCGAACGUGGUAGAGGAUGAGCGAUACCCGCCGGAGGACGCGCGGGCGGCGGCGAGGGAGGCGAGGGUCCAGCAAGCGCGGAAGGAGUGGGAGGCGAUCGGAGUCGGGGUGGUGGGCGGUAUCUUCAACUAACCGGUCGGUUGGUUGGUUGGUUGGUUGGUUGGAAAAACGAAAAGGGGGAGGGAGAACGCCUGCGAUGGUUUUCCCGAACAGCUGGGUUUCUUUUGGGACGGGAGCAGACUGCUGCUUCUAUCGGUGGGUCGGGACACGUCGGCGUUGUAGCGCUGUUUUUGUGUUUGUUAUUGUGUCGCCGGUAGAUGUUCGAGCUCUUCCAACAGCUGCCCACCGAGCAAAUCGACAGGUUGGUUGACUCUUUAGCUGUCUUGCGCUCGUGUGAAGUUUGCUUCUUGUCAGAGUCGUCCAGUGUUCUCACAGCUGCUCGGAUAAUCGUUUCCUCUGCACCGAACCGAAGUGCUUUGGCCUGUGCACGGCAUUUGCGAGCAGGGUGCACGCGUUGUUGUUUCUGCGACGUUAAUCCUCCUGUUCCUCUUUUUUAUUUAUCGUGUGUCGGCCCUUUCGUCGAAGUGGUCGUUCAAGUGGUGGCCUCUGCUUGAGACUUGGAGCGUUGAGAGAGUAUCUGACAUGCCGACACUGGCUUUGAACGCUCAUGUUUGCUUACUUGGCCCUUUUUCGUGCGCAAUGUGUUCACACACUUGGGACGUGAUUUGCAACUUUUUUUUCUCGGCAUUUUCUUGUGACUGCCCUAAAUGAUCUGGAUUGUGCUCGCCGCGAAACAAGGAUCACCAGGGCGGCUGUUUUUCGCAACGUGUCCCCACCCGCAUCAUCUGGUGUAUCAAUAUCCAACCGGUCAGUCGAAUGACCAAUAACGUGUGAGACCGGGCGGGUUUGACUCUGGUGAUGCUACAGUACUGGAGGCGGAGUACGAAGACAGAGAAGCGUAAGAAGAGUUCCUUUGUACCAACCGUGUCUUUCGAAGUGCUGUGUGUUGAAGGAGUCCAGAGGAGUCCGCCCACGUGCUUGUUGAAAUGAAGAGCCCACCGAAAGUUCACUUCGGUUUUACGUUAGUCGCUCCACUCGACGUUAGGACUCAGUUGAUCCCAUCAAGUUGACCUGCGGACGUUGUUGGUCCUGCCGGCGGUUUUAUUUCGCCUUUGAAGGCACUUACUUUCGCUGUUGGUUCGAAGGUCGACACAUGUCGUAUUUGCUUGCGGGAGAGUUAUGAUCGAGCUCCGUUUUGAACGCACGAAAUGCGCGCGCGGGGGGUUGUUGUUGCUGUCUUGAGAUCGUCUAUCGGGUGUACCAUGGUUGUAGUUUGCGAUGAACGUGUGGUCUCCUGAGCCGUGUUCCUUGGUGUUGAUGUGCACUGCACCGGCGGAACCCUUGUCGCCGCGUGAGCUGGUUCUUGCGCCCUGCCCGAAUACGCCGAAAUUUUUUUGGAAUGCAAAAAGGCUGCUUCCUGUAGCUAUUGUUUGCGGUAGAUUUGAAACGAGACGGAUAUGGCGUUGAAUAUUAGACCUUAUUGUCAUUUUGGUCUGAUUUUUUCCUUCUUUUUUUUUUUUUUUGUCGGGGAUUGGCUGCGUUGGUUGGUCAACGCGCGACGGCUGUGUCCUUGUACAUGGACA